AUGACUGACGCCAACACAAGGGGCCCGUCCUCUCUGGACGGCACACCAUGUCUGCCCCUGCAGGAAAGCGAGCCACGCGCCAGCAUUGUCGAAACCCCCUCAAGGCAGGUUCUCAAUGGAUCGCAUGUUGCCAGAGAACGUCCAUGGAGCAGAGGUAUUCUUCCGGACGACUUUCUCGAGUAUCAACGGCAAUUAAAGCUACGGCUUUGCAAAGCGCACGAAGCCGGUGUACAGUGGAACGACAUUCACUUCAUGCUGAGUGGUGCCUUCCUUCUAGCCGACCAGCAUAUCAAGGCACUGAAGGAGCUCUUCCAUAAGGAGCUGUCGGGUGACAACCGAUACCACGAAUCUCUGACCAAGCUGAAGCUGAAGUAUUUGGCAGAAAUGCUAGAUGGAUACCCUGUCGCCAAGCAAGACUUCGAGGAUGCCAUACAACCAGUUAGGGAGGCCAUAGAUGUCUGGCACGAGAUCUUUGCGAAGAUGGGAGAAAAAUCGGUGCCAAUUGCAGAAGCAGAUCUUGUCUCUGAUUUUGGCAAUCCCAUCAGCCCCUUCCUUGGUCUACCAGCAGACUCCACGACGUGGGUAGACUUUUUGAGAAAGUUGAUUGGACUGAAGGAAUGGGAUUUCAUCCAAAAAGUCACGAGUAUCCAAGUUUAUGGGGUUGGGAAAUUGGGGCUGCUGUCAAAGACUGAUCUUGAUGAGGCACUCCUCGUGGUCAAGAACCAAGCCCACUUCCGAUACCUCAUGUGGGCGGAAAAGCUCAUCAAGUCCUACGAGGGCGAUGAAUCUAACCUUAUGAACACAGGGAAUCGACGCAAGGUCGAUGAAAAGCCCCCCAACGCCGAGUUUGAGAAGGGUGAGGACAUCACUACCGAGAAGCCAACUCCAAAGCAACCGAUUGUAGACAAGUCCCACAACGACGACCGCGAGAAUGAGGAUAUCGCCGCCUUUGAAGCAAGUCUCUUGGAACCCCUCGAGUAUCUUCGCAUCGUGGCCGAGCAGUCAAAGGAGAGCGAGAGCGAACCCACCGCUUCACAGAGCAAUCCACAGAAUGACGAGGCCGAUGACGAGAUGAUUAUCGAUGAGGAGGCACUGAACGAUAUGUUUUCAGGUUGGAUCGGGCACAUGCACAUCGCCAGAAGUCUUGACGAGGUGGAAGAUGAGGAGGAGGACGGUAACGAGGAGGCAAGUUGGUUCAUAGAGUGA